UAAUGAUUUCAGCUCUGCUCGGACCGUAAGGUUCAAUGGAGGAUGGAUGGGGAAGCAUCUUCGUGUCUUUGUGCCGUUUCCUUCACCGCUAAAGAUCUUCCAGAAAAGAAAUCCCAAGCUCCUAGCCAUAUAAAAUGCUUGGCGAGAAACAUUGUUGAUACAGUUGAACACAACAACCAGAUCCGUGAACAUCUAUCACAAAAUAUUUUAGCACCCAACGAAACUUGAGACAAAAUGAAGACCUUCUUGGCCUUAACUUUGAUGGCUUGCGUGGUUGGUGUUUUGGCCGAGCCCGUAUAUCAAGUCGGUAACAAUAGAGGAGGAGGCGGUAUCCGACCUUUGAAGGCUCUGAAGGUCGCCAAGUUGGCCUUGAUCAAAGGCCUGGUGGUAGGCAGUGCUCUAAAUAACCGAAGACGAAACUCGUAUAACAGCGGGCACAACGGUGGAUUCAACAACGGCUUUGGCAACAACAAGAACCACAAUAAGCAUGGGCAUUCUUCCGGUGGUUUUGGAAGCUCCGGUGGUUACAAUAGCCAUCGUCCCAGUUACAACAGCGGUCACAGCAAUGGAGGAUACUCCUCCGGAGGUUUCGGUGGAAACAAUGGAUUCGGCGGCGGCAACGGUGGUUUCGGAGGCAGUGGUGGCUUCGGCAGCUCUGGCCAUUCAUUCUCCUCCGGUGGAUUUGGAGGAUCUUCUCAUGGAUACCAAAAGCGUUCGGUGGACACUGACCCCACGGAAGAGAUGAGCCAAUUACUCUUGGAAGCCUCUCUUGCUGACGUGGACGAUUGUACCAAAGAGUUCGUUUGCCUGCUCCAUGCCAAACCCAUCGCGUCCUUGGAUGCCAUGGAACUAAGCAUUUACAGCUUGUUCGACGACUCGGUUGGCAUCGACGUGGAGAGGACCGAUGUGGAAUUCCAAUUGGCCGCCUUCAUUGGCAAGGGCGUUGGAGUUAGCCAAUGUCAGACCGUCUAUGCUCGGUGCUCCAGCAGCUACGAAGAGACCAAAGCUCCCAUGGAGAUCGAGUUUAAGAAAUUGACUGGCUCUCAGUUGCUUUAAUUUUCAAUGCAUUAAAAUGUUGCGCCUCAUUUUUACGGGGGCAUCAUCAGUAUUAAUCCUAAUGAAUAAAUGCUCAAGGAUGUCACUUCAAA